GUCACUGUUCUCUGUGGGGCCUGGGUCCAGUUGGAGGCCAGAGCCAGGCUCCUAGGGCAGAGGGCAAACGGCCCCUCCAGGAGGGAGCCGGGAGAUUACGCAGCUCCAUGUAGGUCCACGUUUAGGUUGGGAGGAUCUACCAUGAAGAAGGUCAAGAAGAAAAGGUCAGAGGCCAGACGACACCGAGACUCUACCUCCCAGCAUGCUAGCUCCAAUUCCACCUCUCAGCAGCCUAGCCCUGAAUCCACACCACAGCAGCCUAGUCCUGAAUCCACACCACAGCAGCCUAGCCCUGAAUUCACACCACAGCAUUCCAGCCUUGAAACCAACUCCCAGCAGCCAGCAUCCCAAGCCCUUCCAGCACCCGAAAUCCGCCGCUCCUCUCGCUGCCUGUUAUCUCCAGAUGCUAACGUGAAGGCAGCCCCUCAAUCCAGGAAAGCAGGGCCUCUGACUCGCGCCGGCCCGCAUUCCUGCUCCUGUGCCACUUGCCCCUGCAGCUCCGCUUGCUGGCGUCGUCUGGGGCUAUGCCAUAGCCGCAUCUUCGAUGUCUUUCUGCCUCGGGACUGGCAGAUGGCGCCAGGGAGAGGACUCCCCAACCUGCUCACCUUCUACAGAGAGGCACUGAAGCCCAGCUUCCCACCACCCCCACUUCUGCUUUGCUCUACAGAAAAUCUUCAAGAAAACCCUCCAGUCAUCGUAACGCGUGUCCUCCAAGCCCUCGGAACUGUGGCUGUGGCUCUGGGGGCUCUGGGAGCUGCCUACUACAUCACUGAAUCCUUGUGAACAAGCCCCUAGGCCCACGGUCUGGCAGAUCCAGUUUCCAUCAAAGGGACCUCUCUUGUCACCAAAAUUUAAAAAAAGAAAAAUAAAAAACGAAUUCUGUUUCUUUA